AUGAAAUACACUAAAUUGCACUUUAUGUUGUCAGUUCUUGGCAUUAUAAUCUAUAUAACUGAUUUAAUUGUGGACAUUUGGGUAUCUGUCAGGUUUUUCUAUGAAGGACGAAAUGUUUUUGGUAUUUUAACAGUAAGCUUUAUGCUCUUUGGAACACUUGUGGUGCAGUGUUUUAGUUACUCCUGGUUCAAGGCUGAUUUAAAGAAAGCAGGCCAAGAAAGUCAGCACUGUUUUCUUCUACUUCAUUGCUUGCAAGGAGGAGUUUUUACAAGGUAUUGGUUUGCCUUGAAAAAGGGUUAUCACGUGGCUUUCAAAAAUAUCAGCAAAACUGAUAACUUUAUAGAAGAACAAAUUGAUCCACACAAAGAAGUUAUAGAUAGAAUGACUGAUUUGAGCAUGCUCAGACUAUUUGAGACCUACCUGGAAGGCUGCCCACAAUUUGUUUUGCAGCUCUACAUCUUUCUGGAACAUGGUCAAGCAAAUUUCAGUCAGUAUGCAGCCAUUAUGGUCUCUUGCUGUGCUAUUUCUUGGUCAACUCUUGAUUAUCAAGUAGCUUUAAGAAAAUCCUUGUCUGAUAAAAAUCUUCUUAAAGGAUCCUGUCCCAAAUUCACUUACCUCUUUUACAAGUUAUUUACAUUAUUAUCUUGGAUGCUGAGUAUUGUACUUCUUUUAUUCUUAAAUGUUAAGAUUGCAUUAUUUCUAUUGUUAUUUCUGUGGUUUUUAGGGUUAUUGUGGGCAUUUAAAAAGCAAACUCAGUUUUGUGCUUCUGUAAGUAUGGAAUUUUUAUAUAGAGUUGUUGUUGGAUUCAUUCUUAUUUUUACUUUUUUUAAUAUUAAGGGACAGAAUACCAGAUGUCCAAUGUUUUGCUACUAUAUUGUAAGGGUACUGGCCACAGUGGGGAUAUUGGUUGUGUUCUGGGUUUCCCCAGUCUCUGUUUUUAAUUCAGACUAUUUUAUGCCUAUCAGUAUCACUAUAGUUCUUAGUCUUGUCCUUGGAAUUAUUUUUCUUAUUGUUUAUUACGGGACUUUGCACCCAAACAGAAAAGAAGAAACAAAACCUGAUGAAAUUGAUGGAAAAAUGGCUCAAGGAGAUUGUAGAAUGAAGUAUUUUAUAAUGGACUAGCUAUUAAUUUGUGAGAUAUGUUUUCUUACUUCUUUGUUUCAUUAGUUAAUAAAGAAAAUGUUAUUGUA